AUCGCCGCCCCUAAGCCCUAGAAUUUGAGAUAAAUGAAACCCCCCAAAGUACACGCCUUUAUAUUUUCUGAAACAAGUGUUUUGGAUUUUGUUUCAAACCCAGUUCAGAGUUUCAGACAGGUAAAAAAAAAAAAAGUAGAUGAAAAUGUCGCACGCGUUUCGACGUCGUCGGUCUCAUCUCUUCGGUUGAGUUCUCUGUUAUUCUUGCCAAAUUCAAGCACCAAUCUUGAUUCUCAUAAGCCAUCUCUUCCUCUUCGUCCCAGGAAAUUGAAGAAGGUGGUUAGUAAUCAAAAUAAUGUAAUUAGUUUUCAGCCAAAGGCCGUUUACAACGGAGAGUUCUGGGCUCCGGAGACAAGCUCCCGACAGGGAAUUUGGUCGAUUAGGGAUGAUUUGAAACUGCCGUCGUCGCCUUACAUUCCUAUGAAUGCUCAAGGGCAGGGGCCGCCGCCGAUGGUGCAGGAGCGUUUUCAUAGUGUUGUUAGCCAACUUUUUCAACAUAGAAUAGUCCGUUGUGGUGGAGCUGUCGAUGAUGAUAUGGCUAACAUUAUUGUAGCUCAGCUUCUGUAUCUUGAUGCUGUCGAUCCUCAGAAGGACAUUGUCAUGUAUGUCAACUCUCCCGGAGGAUCAGUUACGGCUGGAAUGGCCAUAUUUGACACCAUGAGGCAUAUCCGACCUGAUGUCUCAACCGUGUGCGUUGGACUUGCUGCUAGCAUGGGAGCUUUUCUGCUUAGUGCGGGAACGAAAGGAAAACGAUACAGUUUACCUAAUUCAAGGAUAAUGAUACAUCAGCCUCUUGGUGGGGCUCAAGGAGGUCAAACCGAUAUCGAUAUCCAGUCAAAUGAAAUGCUGCACCAUAAGGCGAACUUAAAUGGGUAUCUCGCUUACCAUACUGGUCAAAGUUUGGAGCGGAUUAACCAGGAUACCGAUCGUGAUUUUUUCAUGAGCGCAAAAGAAGCAAAGGAAUAUGGACUUAUCGACGGUGUCAUAAUGAAUCUUCUUAAAGCUCUUCAGCCGCUAGCUCCUGCAGCUGAUAGUAACGAAUAGCCCAGUCGAUCUUCAGGUACUUCUACGAUCAAUGGCAUGGCUAUAUUGUAGAGAUAACUCGAAAUGAUUAUUCAAUUAUCUGAUCGUCUCGUCAAAUACGGGAUAAUCUUGAGAUGAAUUUGGAUGUUAGAACCAAAA